AUGACGGGGCGCAAAAGACCAAAGAAUGCCGGCAUCGUCACUUUAUUAAAGGCUCUAUUGUGUCGCAAGUUUUCUGCUUCAAGAACUGUCCUGCUCGCAUUACUGGCAAUCGCAAUCAUCUUAUUGACUCUAAAGCUGCGGCAAAAGACCCCCAUCGAACACCUACCGCCUCCUAAACUCUCGGCUGAUAUUAUAGCUCAUAUGGACGACCUCAUGUCCAAACAGUCCUACAUUGCUAAAUCCACUCCUGAAUAUACAAAGUCGACCGGCAAAUCGCGUGUUAACAUCGUUACUCUCCAUCUGAUCGAACCAAAGGACAUUGGUCAAGUAGACCAGCUCAUCAACAUCACUCUGCCAAACAAGAUCCAAUACGCAAAAAGACACGGGUAUCGAUUGGUGGAGGCUGCUGAUUACCCACUCGUUCAGAAACAUCGUGCUCGCGGUGUUCCGAUUUUCUUUCUCAAACUCUUGUGUAUCAUGUUGGCACUCGAGGAUGAGAAUCCAGAGUGGAUUAUGUGGAUGGAUGCCGAUGCAUUCUUCCUGAAUCACUCCCGCUCAUUAGAAGAGCAUCUAGACACAAGAUAUGAUGUUGUCAUCAACGCGGUGGGCAAGCCGCCUAAUUUUGCCCGAGUACCCAAUAAUGGAGUCUACUUUGUCCAAAAUACACCUUGGGCGAGAAAUUUCUUUUAUAGUCAAUGGAUUCAUGCCAUAACAAAUCCCCAAUCUUGUCCUUUUGAUGUAAAUGACAAGCCUGUUAACGAAAACCAUCCUCAGUCCAAGCUUAAUGGCUGGCUCCGGAUGUGCUGGGAAGAUGGACGGUACUGGUUGUCUGAUCAGGGAUUGUUUAUUGUAACAAUGUUGGCUCCUCCAAGGUCACUAGCUUGGCGGGGCACUGUGAAUGGCACUGUACAGUGCCACAUCAAGUUUGUAGCAAAUCGUGACUUCAACUCUAUUUUGGGCUGGUAUCAGUCGGGAGACUUGAUAUUCCAUACACCUGGGCAGUAUGGAGACGUCAGAGCAAAGAUCCUUCGUGAGUUCUGGCGCUUGACAGACUGGAACACUGGAACUGUAAGAUGGGAGGAAUCCGAAGAUCUUAUUCUCAAACCUGACUUUAAGCAAGAAAUUCAUUCUGGGACACGUGAAACAGCCGUCCAUCCACUAGAUCCUACUGAUUCAUAUCCUGGCAAACACGGCUGGUUUUAUAAUGAAGCACCAUGCUCUGCUGCCGAGAUCGAACUAUAG